AGAAGAGGAGAAGGCGGAAGAAGACAUCUGUCGAACUAGGAAGAAUUAGCUUUACAAACCAGAACAGGUCCAGAGCUGUUUGCCGAAGAAUAAACGAGCAUAUCGUCUGUGUCGGGCGUCGUUUUUGUGUUGACAUGGAAGACACACUCUUUCAGCUAAAGUUUACAUCAAAGCAACUUGAGAGACUGGCUAAGAAGGCAGAAAAAGAGUCUGAAAAGGAGCAGGCAAAAGUCAAGAAGGCUUUGCAACAGAAAAAUGUGGAAUGUGCCAGAGUUUAUGCUGAGAAUGCCAUCAGAAAAAAGAAUGAAGGUGUUAACUGGCUGCGCAUGGCGUCACGAGUCGAUGCGGUGGCCUCUAAGGUGCAGACUGCUGUCACCAUGAAGGGAGUGACUAAAAGCAUGGGCCAGGUGACCAAAGCCCUGGACAAAGCUCUGAACUCCAUGGAUCUACAGAAAGUAUCUGCAGUCAUGGAUAAAUUUGAAAGCCAAGUUCAGAACCUCGAUGUCCACACCUCUGUGAUGGAGGACUCCAUGAGCUCAGCAAUGACACUGACCACACCCCAGGAGCAAGUGGAUAGUCUGAUCCACCAGAUAGCAGAAGAGAGCGGCCUGGAGGUGAUGGAUCAGCUCAACCAGCUGCCUGCCGGAGCCACCUCAUUGGGCCCAGAGACCUCGAGGAACCAGGAGAAGGAGGACCAGCUGUCUCGACGGUUGGCAGCGCUGCGAAACUGAAGGCUGAGGAGGCGACGGCUGCAUGGAGGAUAAUGUGUGUUUCUGUUGAACUUCCUGUUGGGAGAACCUAUUGAUUACCCUCCUCCUCUGCCUUAUAAAUAAAUACUCACAGCAGCCAGAAAAAUCAUCUGAGAGUACAGACAGAUCUUUGGUUUACCUCUUUGGUUUGAACCGUCUCCUCCUCACUUAUUUUUGUCCAAUCCAAGGCAUCUGGGUGUACACUUUAUCAACAUUUGUUAAAAUCUGUUUUUGUACAAAGAAUUUUAUUGAUUUGUUUUGCUGUUUCUAAGAUAGUUGUUAAUCUAGGUAGACUUACACAAACAUACAGUAUAAAACAUGAAAAGAACAUUGGGUUUAAACCAGAUGCUGGUAACACUUAGAGACUGAAUGAAUCUAAUGAGUGAAGAGGAGUUAAAUCUGAGUGAGGUCAAACAACACAAGACAAUCCCCCUGUAUCUCUAUAUUAGCAAAUUUAUUUAAUUUCACUUUCAUGCAUUCAGAUUUUAUGCUUUAAACGCCUUAUUUUGGGAUGCCGGUGCUUAUUCCUCCAGUGCCUAUAAGGAACAGUCAGAUCAUGAAAAUGAGAUAUUUUCCUUUGCCCUCAAGUCAUAAGCUACUUUUUAUGACUUUCUUGCCAACUUCUUAACUGGUGGAUGAGCCUUUAGUAAUCACAGGUGGACUUUUAUCAUCUUUUCAUGGAUGUUCAAUAUACCCAUCAACUCCAACAGCACCUUCAGAUGUCUUGGACCACCCUGAUUAACAGAGUUGUCGGCAGAUUUCUCUUCGAAAUUCCGAACUCUUUCAGGAAGCGUGGAUCUACUACACAUCUCGGAUCCUAUUUUAACUUCUGUUUAUCCCGAAAGUUGUGAUCAUGGUAUGCAGCAAAGUUGGGGAAAGACAACGACAGACGGACGCUAUUUAUAUUUGUCUCAGAAUUUAUUUCAGAUAACAGCUUCUGGGGGUUGGGAUCUCGGUCUCGUUCAUUUUAAUAUUGGGGAAGGGUUUAUUUAUGUUCCAUCUCCACUGACUGUUCGGCACUUUUCUUUAAUAUAUUUAUCUUGUACAAAUAAAGUUCUGCCCUCAA